GUGGCGUUGGCGAGCAUGCUCUGCGCAUGCGUCCUUGCCGCCGGCGCUCGGCUGUCAAAAGCUGAGGCGGAUGUUUUUAACGGACACGCGGCGGGAAAGGACAGCCGAUCGGGACCGACAGUUUCGGUUUGUUGAAAAUGUCCCACCAGAGGUGGAAAAAACAGCUGGGGUGAGGUGGUGCCGGUUCUAAUCGGAGGAGUGGGAAAAGACCCCCCACCCCCCCCCCCCCUUUUGUUUUCCUCUUAUUUGUGGAAAAACAUAAACUAGCGGCAGUUGAACGCGUGCUCGAGGAUGAGGCAGGCGUCUCGCGCGGGGCCGCCGUCGUCGCCGCCGCCGCCACCGCCACCACCACCACCCCUGGUACCCGUCGCCUACUCCGCCGCCUACUUGUUGCUGCUGCUGUUCCUCUUCCUGCUCCCCGGCGGGGGCCGGGCCCAGACCCAGACCGAGCCCCCGGAUCAUGACAGCGUCAAGGGCGAGCUGGUGGUCGCCGCCGUGAAGGUGUCGUACGUGGAUCGGGCCAGCGGCCAGCGGAUCCCGGUGCUGGACCGCGGCGCGGACGGCCGCUACGGCCGGGACUCCCCCAAGGAAGGGGUGGAGAGCGGCACCGUGCUGGUGCCCGCCUGGGUGCCCGGCACCCAGCGCAACCUUCUGGGCUGCGACCCGCACACCCGCUUCGCCGUGCCGCCCGACACCCGGCGCUGGAUCGCGCUGCUGAACCGGGGGAACUGCACCUUCAAACAGAAGAUCCUGCGGGCGGCCGCGCAGAAGGCAGCGGCUGUGGUCAUUUAUCACAACGUGUCGGACGAGAAGCCCAUUACCAUGUCUCACAAAGGAACUGGUAAUAUAGUCGCCAUCAUGAUUUCUGAACAUAGAGGUCGUGAAAUUCUGAGUUAUGUGGAAAAGAACCUUACUGUAUUGAUGUCUAUAGCAGUUGGAACAGCACAUUCUCCACGGGACAGCCGUGGCUCUCUCGUCUUCGUGUCCAUCUCAUUUAUUGUGUUGAUGAUCAUUUCUUUGGCUUGGCUGAUCUUCUAUUUCAUCCAGAAGUUCAGAUAUGCAAAUGUACGUGGACGGAACCAGCGUCAACUAGGGGAUGUUGCCAGAAAAGCUACCAGCAAAUUAACUACCAGAACUGUUAGAAAGGGUGAUAAGGAAACUGACCCAGAGUUUGAUCACUGUGCAGUCUGCAUAGAGGGAUACAAAUCCAAAGAUGUGGUUAGGAUUCUGCCAUGCAAGCACGUCUUCCACAAACAAUGUGUUGAUCCCUGGUUGAAUGAACACUGUACUUGCCCCAUCUGCAAACUAAACAUCCUGAAAGCCCUCGGAUUGCUGAUAGGGCCAGAAAUGCACUGCACAGAGAAUUCAACCCUUGAUAUGGAGAGAUCGGUCAGAGGAUCACCAGCCAAUCAGAGAUCCAUGCCUAUUGAUGUGACUAACGACGGUUCCAUCAGUCUCGAACCACUCCGCUUUCUAGGGAGCUCACAGUUGGGUCAGGAAGAAGAAUCUGUACCACGGUCCAGGGAAAUGAAUGUCACCGUAACCAAAGAAUGGCUUAUUAUCGCAAGUUUUGGUGUGCUUAGUGCUCUCACUCUCUUCUACAUGAUAAUCAAAGCAACCACAGGCACAGCAGCAGAUGAAUAUGAAAAUGAGACAGCACAGUGGUGAAAGAUUGGAAAUAAAGGAAGAUAAUUGUACAGGCCUUUGUGUUGUUGAAUCCAGCCUGCUGUAGCAUCAGUGCAUUUGGAUAUGCCUUUCUAUUACUAGGAGUUCUGCUAAAGCAAAAUCUAUUUUUUAUAUGUUAUUUUUUCACAUGCCUCAAUGAAAGCUUUGUAAGAAAUGUCUCAAUAAAAAAAACAAUGGAACUA